AUGAUCAAACUAAUUUAUUUUCACGAUCAAUUUCAAUCACUAUCAUUACCUGUGUUAGCCGAAGCAAUUACUAUACUAUUAUUUGAUCGAAAUUUUAAUACAUUAUUUUUUCAUCCAAUAGCAUCAUUAAAUUUUAUCGUAACAAUUUUUAUGACAAAAAAUUUUUCUUUAAAUUAUGAUCAAACUAAUUUAUUUUCACGAUCAAUUUCAAUCACUAUCAUUACCUGUGAAAAGAUCCAAUUUUAUAUCAACAUUUUAUUUCCAUUUUUUGAACACCCAGAAGUUUGUAUCUUAAUUUUGCCAGGAUUUCGAUUAAUUUCACAAAUUAUUAUAAAUGAAAGGGGAAGAAACGAAAUUCUUGGAAAUUUAAGAAUAAUUUAUGCAAUAAUAGGAAUUGGAUUUUUAGGUUUUAUU